AAAUUAAACCAUGUAAAAACUAUUUAUAGCAUCUAAUGGUUCUAAAUAGCCCCAUUUGACAAAUGUGCUAUAAAGCUGUUUUAAAUAUAGGUGCUGUAUAGCGCCAAAAGAGGUUCCCCUAUGAUUACGAGCCAAAGAACCAUUGUUGGGUACUGUUUAGCACCAUUUUUGUUGGAGCAAAGUAGUGCCAUAUGGCACCUAAUGGUUCUACAUAGUACCAUUUGACAAAGAUAAAGAUUUAAAGAUAGGUGCUACAUAGCACCGAAACUGGCUCCCUAUGAUUAAAAGCCAAUGAACCACUAUUAGUGCUAUUUAGCACCAUUUUCUUAGUGUGUAGGCUAUAGCCCAGUAGCUACUCUGCACCAUGUGUAGCAAUGGUUCACUUUUUAAGAAACACUUUCUCAGCCUGCAGUGAUACAAAUCUGACGUGCUCCAUAGUAGCCUAAUUUAUAGCCUAUAGCAUUGGUUACUUGGCGCAAACCAGGAAACAUCGUUCUCAUGUGUUACCAGUACGAAUUAACGCAGCCCUCUCUAUAGGUUGCUGGAAGCUGGGCAGUUACUUGUAGACUUCUGUGAUAUGAGGUUUGAGAAAUGGCAGAGGAGCUUCACAGGGUGAGGAAGAAGUUUGUGGAUAAGGCGUCCAAAGAACUUAUAAAUCAGUUGCUGGAUGACAUUUUAGAGGAUGGUAUUGUGAACAAUGGGGAGAAAGACUCAAUGAUUGCGGAGAAGACUUCCAGAGCAGACAAGGCACGCUGUCUCAUCGACACAGUGAAGAAGAAAGGAAAUGAAGCCAGCAGGAAGCUGAUCGCUCACCUUCAAAGCAGGGAUCCGACCCUUUACAAUGAACUGGGUCUGUCCUCUGGUCCUCCUCCUCCUGCUCCUCUAGAGGCCCCGAAGGAGCAGAAUUGGUCAAACGCACUCAUCCCAACCACUGAGGCAUUUUGGUGCAAAAAGCAGAAUGACAGAAAUAUUUACCCUGCAGCAAAAAGUUCCAUUAGGAAUCGUGUGGCCCUGCUAAUCACUAAUAUAAAGUUUACUAAUGAGAAAUUAAACAGAAGAGGAGCUGAGAAAGACGAGGCGAACAUGGAGAAACUGCUCACAUCUCUGGGAUACGAGGUGGUGAAACACACAAACCUCACAGGAAAGGCAAUUAAUGAUUCUAUGAUUAAUUUCUCUAAACAUCCGAAACUCAAAGAGACAGACAGCGUGAUGGUGGUUAUCAUGUCUCACGGGAAACUGGGAGCUGUCCUCGGUAUCAACCAUGAUGAGAAAUGUGAUGAUGAGUUCCCCAUCAACAACAUUUACAAACACUUGGGCUCAGAGAAAUGUCCAGCACUGCUGAACAAACCCAAGAUCAUCAUCAUCCAGGCCUGCAGAGGAGAUGAGGGCGGAUCAGUACUUGUUAGUGAUGCUGCAAACUCAGCUCUGGUCUGUGAUGAUGUGAAACAGCCAAGUCCAUCCCCGUCUGCUGGUGACGAAAACUUAGAGGAUGAUGCUUUACGAUGUGUACACAAAGAAAAAGACUUCAUUUCUCUUCUUUCCUCCACCCCUGAGACUGUCUCAUAUAGACAUCCAGAACAUGGGUCUCUACUUAUCCAGUAUGUAGUUAUGGUCUUGAACACCUUCGCACAUGAGGAUGACAUUGACGAACUGUUCAGAAAAGUCAUGCAGCGCUUUGAAGAUUUUUCCAUUCAAAGCAAAAGGCAGAUGCCUACCAAAGACAGAUGCACUCUGACAAGGCGCUUCUACUUCUUUCCAGGUCUUUGAGACAACAUUUGCUGUUGUUUAGCAGAGACUUGUAACCGCAUUCCAAAUUAUGCUUGCAAUGCUUUUCUCUGGUGCUACAUGGUGAAUUGAUAAAAGUUAUGGAUGGAUGACUGAAUGACCUGGGUGCCAAGAGACCUAAAACAUGACCAUGUCAUAUCUAGUCAUUUUGCGUCUCUGUGUUUUGGAGUAGGGGUGGGGGCCUCUUACAUGUCUGUGUCCAGGGGCCGGUUGUUUCAGAAUCCAUCCAUGAUAGAUCAAAACUUUGCAUUUAUAUUUUUAUAUACAUCUAACAGCGUGUAAGGUUUUGAAUUAAUAGCACAUAGAGAUUUUUUUUAACUUGUAUUCAACAGGUUGCUUACUCAUGGCCAUCAUGCAACUAAUCAACUGUUGUCCUUUGAGAAAAACAAAACAAAACAAAUUAAUGAAUGAUUGUCUGCACCAGGUUCCUAGUUCUUCCAACAAACUUUAAAACACACCUGCCUGCAAAUUUAUGGAAUUAUUUGGAUUCUCUACAGGCUCUACAACCAAGUUAAGUUGUAAAAUUAGCAACAUUUAUUAUUUAAUUAAACUUCUCGAAUGUUAAAAGGCACCAGACAACAUUAAAAUUAAGUGAAAAUUAGCCAAACAUCUAUAGGAAUUAUAUAUUUUGGUUAAUUGCAAUUAUUUAAAUUACAUUGACAUUCGACUACGAAUACAUUGAUUUUCCUAAUUUCUUUUAAAAGAAGUGAUGAUAGGAAUUAAUUAAACAGGGACUAUAAUGCAGGGAGAGCCGUUCCAGGGCUGAGAUGAGCAGCAUAAAAGCUUAUAUGUUAGCUGAGGAAGAUCCAUAUAUUUUAAUCAUAUUUUUAAUGUGACAUAUUGACAUUGAAUUUAUUUUUGAUCUUGUCUGUAUUAAUUUUGUCCAUGCUUUGAGACACACAUUAAAACUUCACUACACAAUUUUCCAA